GUCCAGCCAAACCGAGCAGAUUUCGAAGGGCCGAGUUCCAACUUCCAACAAACCGUCAGCAGCCGCUCGAGGUUGAAGUAGGGAGCGCAGCCAUGUCUCCCGAGCCCGACGAGAAGAACCCCCGGCCACUCGACGAGGACGACAUCGCUCUCCUCAAGACCUACGGGUUAGGCCCGUACUCGGCAAGCAUCAAGAAGGUCGAGAAGGGGAUAAAAGAGAAGGCCAAGACGAUCAAUGACCUUUGUGGGAUAAAGGAGUCGGAUACUGGAUUGGCUCAACCAAGCGAAUGGGAUCUUGUAUCAGAUAAAAAGGUGAUGCAGGAAGAGCAGCCAUUGCAGGCUGCAAGAUGCACGAAGAUCAUAAAUCCUAAUACUGACGACGCAAAAUAUGUCAUAAAUGUCAAACAAAUUGCAAAGUUUGUUGUCGGGCUAGGGGACAAGGUUUCACCAACUGAUAUUGAGGAAGGAAUGCGAGUUGGAGUUGACCGUAACAAGUACCAGAUUCAAAUUCCUCUGCCACCCAAGAUCGACCCAAGUGUCACUAUGAUGACCGUCGAAGAAAAGCCGGAUGUCACAUACAACGAUGUUGGUGGAUGCAAGGCGCAGAUUGAGAAAAUGCGUGAGGUUGUCGAGCUUCCUAUGUUGCACCCUGAAAAGUUUGUGAAGCUCGGCAUCGACCCUCCUAAGGGAGUCCUGUGCUAUGGCCCUCCCGGAACUGGGAAGACCCUUCUCGCCAGGGCAGUAGCCAACCGAACGGACGCUUGCUUUAUCCGCGUGAUAGGAAGCGAGCUGGUCCAAAAGUAUGUUGGUGAAGGGGCACGGAUGGUCCGGGAGCUCUUCGAGAUGGCGAGGUCAAAGAAGGCAUGCAUCAUCUUCUUUGAUGAGGUUGAUGCCAUCGGUGGCGCUCGCUUCGACGAUGGUGCUGGGGGCGACAACGAGGUCCAACGCACCAUGCUCGAGAUCGUGAACCAGCUUGACGGUUUUGAUGCUCGAGGCAACAUCAAGGUGCUAAUGGCGACCAACAGGCCUGACACCUUGGACCCUGCGCUGCUUCGUCCUGGGCGGCUGGACAGGAAGGUUGAGUUUGGAUUGCCGGAUCUUGAGGGACGCACUCAGAUCUUCAAUAUCCAUACCCGGACCAUGAACUGUGAGCGGGGCAUCCGGUUUGAGCUGCUGGCUCGCCUUUGCCCCAACUCCACCGGUGCUGAUAUCAGAAGUGUGUGCACGGAAGCCGGCAUGUACGCCAUCCGUGCGCGUAGGAAGACGGUCACGGAGAAGGACUUCCUGGACGCUGUGGACAAGGUCGUCAAGGGAUACAAAAAGUUCAGUGCCACGCCCAAGUACAUGGUCUACAACUAG